UUGGCAUGAUGGUGGUGAAACGUGAUUGAAACAUCUGCCUAUAGGUGAGGAGGAUCGUGGUGCGUGUAGGCAGAGAAAAUCCUCGAUAAAAUCGGUGAAAAAGGAGUUCUGCUGAUGCGGAGAGUAUGCAAAUAGUGUGCCAGUGGUGUGUGGAAGUGAUUGAUAUUCAUUUUGGGUGCGGCCGGGUGAAAGGUAGCGCCCCACAAGGAUGGAUGUGGCCGCAAUUUUCAACGAUCUCGACUCGGCGGAUCUGAAGGAAGUUGAGGAAAACAAGACGAAGCUCAUUGAGAGCUUUGGCAAGACAAAAGAAUCAUGGCUUGUUCAUGGGAUGGUGGAUUAUUUCUGCCAAACAAAUUCCAUCAGAAUUGUGGAGAUUCUGGUGAAGGUACAGAACCCCCAUGAUCAGUACAUCUUUGACAUAAUUGCACAGCGCCUCAAGACAAAUAAAAUACCCGCACUGUCAAUGCUUAGCCUCAUAAUCCCGCGCCAUCCAACGUGGCUCUUCAAAGUUACUUCCCAUCCACUUUGGAAGGAUUUACUGGAACUUCUAAAGACGGAGCGAGACAUCAUUCCGGUGUUUAGUGCCCUUCUGUGCGUAAUAACACUCAUGCCAAUGCUCCCGAAUCAGAUGAAGGACUUCCUUCCGGAUCUCUUUGAUGUGUUCAGCCACUUGGCAUCGUGGAAUAGUCAAAAUAGACUGCCCGAUGAGCACCUUGUACACCUCCAGGUGGGCUUCUAUGACUUUUUUCAUCGCCUCUACGGUAUGUUCCCGUGCAACUUUAUCAGCUUCCUGCAGCACGAGUACAGUGGGAACAAGGAGAAUUCCGCCAUAUUUACGCACACGAUCAAACCCCUUCUGGAGACAGUCAAGAUGCACCCAAUGCUCGUGACGGAGAACAGAGAGACUGAGACCAGCAAGAAACGCUGGCAUACCCUUGAGCCACACGAUGUUGUCGUUGAGUGUGCCAAGUUGACGUUGGAUACACUCGAAAAGGUGCCCGGUGAGUGCGGUCAGAAGCUACCGCCGCGUCCCAUUGAGACAGCGAGCAACCUCAUCCUGCCGCCUGAACAGCGAACAGCGGGUUUUGUGCGACAGCAUCAGUACGACAGUGUUUGGUCACCGAGUCAGCUGAUUCUCGCCACGCCACCAGCUAGUGCUACGUCUGUGCCACACACGCCGAAUCCAGCUUACUUCUCAUCAGUCCCCAUGGCCACACCAACGGCGUCUGUGAGUAAAAUUCUCACUGUUAGCGGGGCAUCACCACCCGAAGCUGCUGUGGAGGCAACACCGGAAACUACACCCAUGAAGGACAACAUCAACACCCUCCGGCAGUUGCCGAGUAAUUCCUCCGUGGCACGAGCUAUCUACGGGGCAGCUGGAUCACAGCCAUCGUCACCAAUGAAGAAGGAUGUGUCACCAUUUAAAUUCCCCGAUCCAACGACGGAAGCUUAUGCGGAGAACCGGGCGAUGCUGACUUCACAUAAAUUUGCCCGAUUGGUCCAAGAUCGUCAUCAACCGGCGUACCCAUCACCACAUGCCAGCAUCCCCGGGAGUCCUUUAGCAGCUUCUGGUGACACACAGAGAUCCCGGGAUGAUGAUGGGGCGGCAAAUGAUCAAGCAGCAACAGCUGCUGGCCAUGAUGGUGGGGAUAAUCACACGAAUGAUUCAGCAGCAGCUUUUCCGCUGGAUCGUGAGGAUUUUGAUGUAGCCGAGGGUUCCCCAUGCAGUGCCGGUGGCCUCCAUAUUCCCAAUUCACGUUCAAUGUUGGAUUUUGCACGUAAAUUCAGCCGUUGGCGCAUGCACAGUCACUGCCUCGGGGAUUCGUCGCAGUGCUACAGUGCAGGCUCUAGUCCGGCUGAAAUGGGAUUCGGGGGGCUUCCGGGUGGUGGGAUGCGUGGGAUGCGACGUGCAACAUCCUGGCCGGAUUUGAAGCGUGCCGAAGGCGGAGGAGAUGCCCCCGCAAAGCCACAAGAGAAUGGCGAUGUGGCGGCAGCAAGGGAGGAAGUACGUCAGCAGGUGCGGAAGCCACUUCGUGAACUGGGACGAAUGGAGAUGGUUGAGCGUCAAGAUAGGGAUACUCAGACAGUUGAACAGUGGCCACAUUCGUAUGAGCAUCUCCUCAUAAAUCUCCUCAAUGAGGCAAAUAAGGUGAAGCAGGAGAAUAGUGGGCAGGAGGAGUCCCCAUGGAAGACUCCAUAUGCCAUGCUUGAUCGCUACAUUGAGCUAUCAAUUAGUAAGAAGCAGGCAAUGGAUACGCGUGAUCAGAUUAAUGCCUAUCGCGAUCAGAUUCAGCUGCUGACGCUUCAGCUGCAGUAUGAACGGCAUCGCAGGGAGAUUCAUGCUGAACGGAAUCGUCGACUUCUCGGACGGAAUCGCAGCAAUGCAGCACUUGAGCGACAAAAUGAUACGCUUAGGCAGCAAUUGGCACAGCUAACGCAUGACUACGCCCUCCUCCAGGGGACACUCAAAAGCUCCCGUCAGCUGGCAGCGAAGCAGGAGCAUGAACUGACAAAAGACUGCAACACGUGGAAGUUGAAGUACAACAAGGAAGUGGAGGAGAACAAGCAGCUCCGGCAGAAUAUUGAAUCCCUCAAUAAUCUCCUUGGCAAGGAGACGCAACAGCGUCAGGAUGCCAAUAAUAUGAUUGGAUCCGUGCGUGGGGAGCUGAUGGAUUUGCGAACGGAAAUGCAGCAAGUUGAAUACCAUGCGGACCUUGGGAGUCAAUACCGUGAGGAAUGUUUGCAGCUACAGAAGGAAUUUGUCAUGAUGGGUGAAGUUCAGACAAAGUGUCGCGAUAAGUUGAGUGAACUGGCCACCCUGAGGCAUCGUGACAAGGAGCUGGAGCAACUAAGGCAGACCUUUGAGUACAAUAUGCAAGAUCUAAAGCAGGCGUAUGAGCAGAAAUCAUCACAAGUUGAGCGGACAAAGGCAAGACUUGCAGAAUUGGAAUCAAAUCUAGCGGGACGCGAUGAAGUUGUUACGCAACAGAAGAAACUCCUCAAGACAGUCAAGGAGGAGUAUGAGGAGAAACUUCAGACUCAGGAGGAGAAGUAUACCUCCUUGAAGGCCAUCAAUGCACGACUUGAGGAGCAAAUGUUGGAGCUAUAUAAAAAUCCAGCAAAUUGCAGCUUAAUUGCACAAUCUCCGGAAUCCGACAGAACUGACAUGGUCGGAUCUCUGGAUCAUGCAUCACCGCUAUCCAUUUCCUUAGCCUCGAGUGAUGGUGUUUCAGUGAGUUUGCGUUCAAUGGCAGAACGUGAUGUGCAGAGCUUAGUUCAGCCGCAGCAAACGGCAAAUCUCACGGCAGUUAGCAAUCAGGCGAAUGAUCCUGCAGCCGGUACAUCGUCGUGGCAUCCAACAAAAUGAAAUAAAAGGAGAGGCUGAAGAUUUCCAAGGGAAAUUCCGGCGCUUUUCGGAAGAGGAGCUUUCAGUUUUUUUUUUUCAAUUGAGGAGAGUGGGUGAGAGAUAAUUGAGAAUAUCUUUUGUUUUUCUUGUCAUGUGAAAGUACCUAUAAAAAAAACUUCUGCAAAACAUAAAAAAUUAGAAGGGGGAGAAUUUUUGCGCUUCUUGCGGAGAUUCUGCUUACAAAAAAAAAUGCUAAAAAAGGAGGAAGAGAAGGAAGAAGAAGAAGAACAUCAAAUUGAGGAAUUUUUGAAAAUUCUUGAAGCUUUUUUUAGCCCUCAAAUAAUCCAAAAUCUUUCCCUCUUUGGUGGGCUUUCUCUUCCUGUUUCUCCAAUCAGGUUUUAUAUUGGAAAAUGUUGAGCAAUUUUCUUUUUUGUUUAAAUAACUUUCUAAUUUCUCAAAGAUUUUAUCAAUUUUUUUGUUUAUUCUGACUGUGUGUUUUGGUGCAAUUUUGAUUUAAAUAGGAUAAAAUUAAAGAAUGAAAACGAAAAAGAAUUACGAUUGAGUUAAUGUGCCUUAAAAAAUGAACACUGAAAAGAAAAUUCAUGUCUUCGGAAGGUUUUAUACAAAAGAUAAUAAAAAAGUUUAUAAUAAAUAAUUUUUUUUUAAAUCAAAUCAAAUUUUAAGAAGAAAAGUAAGAAUAAAAAUUGUAUAGAUUAAAUAAAAUUGCUCGACAUUUUGCCAUUUACAUCAUUUACAUAUAUUAUUGGAUAAAUAAAGCAUAAAUAAAUGAAAAAUUAUCAAAAUUUGCAUUGAAAAGCGAUUAGGAGAUUAUUUUGAUUAAAUGAAAAAAAAAAACAUUAAAAGCAUUUUCUCACGUGGAUCUUAAUAAAUAAAGAAGAAACUACGUUGGAAAGCUAUAUUAAUUGUUAUUACUUCAUGAAUAUCGAAGGAGAAAAUAGGGGAAGGAGGGGAAAAUAGGUGCGGAGAUUUCAGUGGAAGAGUGGGUGGAGAAAUUAAAUGGAAGAGAUGAAAAAAAUAAUAAUCCCAUUGAGUAAUAAAAGAGAAAGAAAAUGUAACAAAAAAAAGAUUUUUUCUUGAUGCUGCGAAUGGAUUUCUUUCGAAGAAAAUUCUGCAAAUUGUGAAUGAUAAAUGAGAGAGAGAGAAUUGCGAAGAAGUUAUUUUUAGAACAAGUCUCUCUUAACAAUGCGUCUUUUUUGCAUUUGUGAAUUAUAUUCUCGUUCUUACUCUGUGAGGGUUUAAAAAGAUCGCGGCUAUUAGUGCUGUAGCCCCUUUACCCCACACCUGACACCAAUUGUUAAGAUCGAUAUUGUACGUUCCCGGGCACUUUUUGCUAGCAUCUCUCUCUCUCUCUCUCUCUCUCUCUCUCUCUCUUUCUUUCACACACAUUCCUUCGUACAUUUAUGUGAAAAUAGAAUGAGAAUCUUGAGAGGACUGCGCCCAAAGAAUUCUUACCAGAAGGAUAAGACAUCAAAAUUCUCGAUUUUAUUCCUAAAAGCAUAAUAUUCGCGUCAAGGAUUGCACGCAGAGUGAACACAAAACGUUGCGAUUUGUCAAUUGAUUGUUGUAAGAAUGCACAGCGUGCAGAGAGAAGACGAUGCAGCAAAGAGAUGCACAGAAAAUGAAAUUGAAAGUGACCCAUUUAGUGUCUCUUUGAUCGCGCACGACGGUGGGACAAUAACAAUAAGAAAAAAAAGGAACGCGAUCAUGGCUCUCUUGGGGCAUUGCACAAUGUGGUUUGUGAUAAUUGCAACAUCCACAUAAAGUGCACAAAUUGCCAUGUUGACAGAGAUUACGGGAUGAUGCAGGGAAUGAUUGAAUCAACUACGUCUGGUUCUAAUCCAACACAAGGAGGACAAACUUCAUCUUCAAGACCACUAGUUCCAAUGCCACAACAAAGUACUGAGGCUCCAAAGCCAAUACCUGAUACUUCAACGAAUCCCCCAAUGGCUGAAACAAGUAGUUCACAACCAGUAAUCCCACAAGAACCUACUCCAGAAGCCCCAGAAACAUCGGAAGGAAAUCCUGCAGAUUUAGUAGAAGCCCCAGCAUCACCGGUAGUUGUGGAAAAUCCCACCGAUGAGUAAUUUUUAUGGUAAAAGAGAAGAGAACAUUUUUCUGCCUUCUUAGCAGUAAGAGAACUACGCUUAGAACGUAAGCAAAAGAAAGAAAAAAUAAAAAUAAAAAUAAAAGAGCACGAAAAGAGACAAA